AUGGGCAAGACCUUUAAAAACAUACAUGCCAGCUCAUUCGGCAAAUUCGAUGGACUUUCGGACAAAAUACCCCAGUGGAUACGGGCCAACGGAGGCCAAUAUUCCAAGGACAUCAGCAAAAACCUCACUCAUUUGAUCACCACCAAAGAAGCGUUCAAGGAUAAUGUUGAAGCAGUCUCCUUUGACUGGCUGGAAGACUCUCUCUUAUCUAAGAAUCGAAGACCGAAGCGUGAGACAGAGUAUCUUCUUGCGAAUAUACUCAAACGCGAGAAGAAGAAGAGGGGAAACGAGAAAGUGAAAAUAAGGGAGAGGGAGAAAGAAGAGCCUAGGAAAAAAGGUAAUCUGAAGAAUCGGGAUCCUUUUGGUAGGAAGAGAAAGGGCGUAAAGGCCGGGACUGCGGUUUCGAGGUAUCACAUCUAUACGGAUGAAGAAGCGAGGGUGACGUACAAUGCUACGCUUGUCCGGUUGAUGCAGGGCAAAAGCUGCAAGGAGAGAUAUGUGGUCAGGGUAUACGAGUCUAAUAGAGAACCUCAUGUCUACGCUACACAUCUCGAGUACAGCCGUAUUGGCAAGCAGCAGAGCCAACUCCUGACACCGCUGAAAGCAGAUCGUGACUCCGCGGUGACGGCGUUCAAGGAGACUUUCAAGGACAAAACAGGUAAGGAGUGGGAAGAGCGACUGGAUGAUAUCUUACCAGAAGGUAAGAGAGAUACUGAUGGCAAGUUACUGCCUCCUCACCAGAAUUGGUUCUACUACGAGGAUCGGGCUGGGCUGUUGUCAAAUUUCCUUCGGGGAGUUGAUGCACCCGACGGCGAUGGCAUGGUGACUGUUAAGCAAGAUUAUCUAGAUGCAUCAUUGCAGGGCAUUGAGCACGAGUCGGCACAGGAUGGGAAUGGUGAGUGGCCGGGCAGUGACGAGCCGAUAAUCUAUACGAUUUGACUGGUCCGGAC